AUGUGCGAUUGUAAAUGUUUAUGCACGAACCCGAAGCCAUUGGGAAUGCAAAGUGGCACCAUUCCUGAUUCAGCAGUCACAGCAUCAUCGUUUUUUCGCUAUGACUACAAACCAUACUUUGCAAGAUUGGAUAAGACAGGUGGUACUCAUUGUGCUUGGUCGCCAAUAAAUACAGCAAUGCAAGGCUCGUGGAUUCAAGUUAAUCUGAGAAAAAUGACAACUGUGACCGGAAUGACAACUCAAGGCCAAUGCUUUGACGGGGGAUAUGCGAAAUCCUCCUCGUUUUCAUACAGCAAUGAUGGUGAAAAUUGGAAUAUUUAUUACGAGUCAGGAAGUAUGAAGAUUUUUCAAUGGAGCAACAGUCCAAGUUCAACUACACACACAUUCAAAACACAUGUAAUAGCUCAGUACAUCCGUGUAAUGCCGGAAUCAUGGCAUCGCUAUCCUGCGUUGAGACUCGAGUUCUACGGUUGCUACUAAAUUUUUUACCGACCGGUUCAAAAACUCUUUUAUUGUUAACAGUUGCCUAAAUAAAUAAUUAAAUUUUAUAAUCUAUAUACUAUACUAUACUGUAAUUUUUUAUAGCUAUACUAGCUCAAUUAUUGUGAAUAUAAACAUAAUUUUUAGCUUAC